GCCAGCGCGUACAGUACGAUUACAGUUAGUGAACAAUCGCCGUAUGCAGAACCGGGCCAUUCCUGCCAGGGACACUAGUUCCUCAGAGCUUAACGCACUGCUAUGGACCUUUUCGAGUUCGACUUCUUCAGAGACUGGGAACUGGAGCAAUCGUGUCACUACGAACAGGAUCGGAAUGCGCUGAGGAGAAAAGAAUGGGAACGACGGAGCCAGGAAGUCCAUCAAGAUGAAGAUCUGUUUGCCUCAAGUUUUAAUCUAUUCAGUGAACCCUACAAGACCAGCAAAGGCGAUGCUCUCUCCAGCCGGGUGCAGAACACUUUAGGGAACUACGACGAAAUGAAGGACCUGCUGACCAACCGUUCCAACCAGAGUCACCUUGUGGGCAUCCCCAAGUCUUUGAUUCCGCAGACUCCCGUGGAGAAAAUGGAGCAGACUUUCUUCAAUGAGCCCAGAACUAAAAUGGUGCCGUCCCACCAAAGUGGCAAUCAUUCCUCCUCUUGCAUGCCCCCGCCUUCCUCUUGUCUGUCACUGAGCUCCCCGCUGUUGCACGGGCACCAGAGCAAGAAGUCGCGGGUGGACUGGUCUCGCGGUGGGCACGGCUCAGCGAGCGGGCACGGUGUGCAGUCUAACAGUCAGCCUGGCAGCCAGCAGGGCAGGGAGAAGCACCCUUCCACACACGAGCAAGCCCAGGACAGGUACAGCGACUUGUACAACAGUCAGAGUGAGCUGCACAAAAGUGACCUGCAGGUUGGUCUGGAUGAAUGUGUUAAGCUGCAGUCGUCCAGUCCCACUACCACCUCACGGUCCAAGAGGCACAGCCACUCCAAGCCAACCGGUGGCGAUCACUCCUAUAAAGACAGCUGCCACCUGAAAUCUCCCAUUGACAAUGAUGCUGGCUCCUAUUCUUGUGGAUCUCCAGUCCCGUCCACGUCCCUGAUACCCAGCAGCAGUGCUCUCUCCACUCAGAACUUCCCUCCGGGACUUCACUCCAAGUCCAGCGUGCUGCAGCAGAAGCCUACAGCCUAUGUUAGACCAAUGGAUGGGCAGGAGCAAGCCCCCAUUGAGUCACCUGAGCUGAAGCCACUCAUGGAAAUCGAGGAUGCUUUCAGCAGCCAGGCAUUCGGAAGCCUCCUGGAUGUAAAGCCUAGCACAGCAGGCACCAAGUGCAAGUUACCAAAGCUGACGAUACCUCAACCAGGCGAGGUCAGUCUUUCCAACGAGACCAGCUGUGUGGAAGAAAUACUGCGGGAGAUGACACAUUCAUGGCCUCCUCCCUUAACUGCGAUACAUACACCUGGCAAGGCCGAGACAACCAAGUUCCCGAUCCCAAGCAAGGAUUCUCAGCAUCUAACCUCCGGGUACAAUGGACAAAAACGGUGUGAUGUUCAAGGGAAGCCUCCAACCAAGUCAGCGCCACAGAAAUCGAUGCUGGAGGACGAUUUGAAGCUCAGUAGUGACGAGGACGAGAGUGAACAGGCAGAAAAAACCAAGAUUCGACCCAUUGCUGUAAAUAACAGCACUUUGCAGAAUUCCCACGGAGCAGCCUCUGGUCACUCCAGCGGUGGAUGCAGCAGCUCAAGCGAGUCUGGGAGCAGUUCGGAAUCCGACUCAGACAGUGAAAGCAGCUCCAGUGACAGUGAAUGCAACGAGGCUUCCCGCACGGCAACACCAGAGCCCGAACCACCAUCGACCAACAAGUGGCAGCUGGACAAAUGGCUGAACAAAGUCACCUCCCACAGCAAGACCAUCAUCAACAACCAAACCGACUGUGAUGCGCUGAGCGACCCCCAGUCCCAAAGCAACCAAGAGAUCGACGCACAGAUCAAAGGGAAGCAGUUUCUUUCGUUGCCUCAGCCAGAUUCCAAAGAUCGGGUCCUACUUGGCCCCAUCAGGGAGAAAGCCAAACCAAGGUCAGCUCCGAAAGUGCCGGAAGGGAAGCUGGUGAAGCAGAAAUCCCCCGUGUACAACGAGCCGGCUCUGCCAAGGAGGACCACGGGCAAGUCUCAGCCCAGGAGGGUGGAGCGGACUCCAAGUGUUGAUGAGCACGCCUGGCUCCGGCCCAGUAACCCCAGCAGCACCCCCAAAGACAGAGAUGGGCGAGGAAGCUCGGCUGACCAACCCAAAGCCAAGGCAAAAGCAGCCAGUGGCAAGGCAGGGCCCAGGAAGGAACCGCGGAGUACUGCAGCGGCCACUGUGGAUAAAAAGAAGCACCGUGUGCCUGGUAAGAUUGUGCCUAAAUCGAGGGAGUUUGUGGAGACUGAUUCAUCGGACUCACACACGGACCAUGAGGAGGUCACGGCGGGGAAAGUAUCGGCCCCUCCCACUGUGGCCAACAACUCAGUGAAACCUAAGGACUGCGUGAGCAUCACGAGUUGUGCCAAUGCCUGUACAGACGGCGCGACCCUGGAGCAAGGGGCCAUCGACUUGGAAGAACAACCAUUUUCGCCUCUCCCACUCCCACAGAACGAACUUCUGUCCCCACUGAGGGACUACGAGGAGAUUAAAUCACUCUGGGUGAAAUUAGAUCUCAGUCUUUUGUCUCGGAUCCCCGGGCAAGCAGUAGAAGAGACUGUGUCCAACAAUACAGAGGUUAGACAGUCCAACAGUAAACACAACUAUCAGUCCCCUUCACCGGUGACGGAUAAGAAUGCCAUUAAAACCAAACGGAAACACAAGAUGGAGAACACGGAAGGUCUUUGUGAACUCAAGAAGCCGCACACGGAGAAAGAGUCCACAGCCCCAAUGCUGCUGCCUGCCAGCUGCUCGACCAGUUCCAGCCACAAGAUCCUGAACAACAAAGAGCUCACGAAACAGUUGACGAAAAGGGAGAGGAAGUUCCCGCCCCCGCUCUCGCCACUGCCAGAUGAACCCGAGGCGAAACGCCGGAACAGCGAGAGCAGCUCCCUCAGCCAAGACAGCAGCAACAGCUCCAUGCCAACCAGUGCCUCACAGCCCUCCGUGCAACACAAGCACCGCAAACCCGACAGCAAGCCCUUAUGCCAUGCAAAAAAUCCCACUGAGACUGAAUCGCAUCCCAGCUUGUCAAGCAGUAUCCAUGAAAACAGCCAAUCGCAAGCAGAUCCUUGGACGUUAAUAUCUAAUGGUCAUUCAGAACCUAGAAGACCUAAGUUAACCUUUGAUGACACGUCUCAUAAUGCUGAUUACUACAUGCAAGAGGCCAAGAAGCUGAAACACAGAGCUGAUGCACUGCUUGAUAAGUUUGGAAAAGCAGUUAAUUAUGCAGACGCUGCACUAUCAUUCAUUGAAUGUGGAAAUGCGAUGGAGCGUGAUCCAUUAGAGGCGAAAUCCCCAUAUACCAUGUAUUCUGAGACCGUGGAACUCAUCAGGUACGCCAUGAGGUUAAAGAAUUUCACCGGUUCCUUGGCAACGAUAGCAGACAAGAAACUGGCAGUUUUAUGCUACCGAUGCUUGUCGCUUCUCUACUUGAGGAUGUUCCGACUUAAGAAAGACCACGCCAUGAAAUAUUCCCGAUCCUUGAUGGAAUAUUUUAAGAGUUCCUCGAAAGCCUCGCAAGUUCCGUCUCCUUGGGGAACAAACGGAAAAACCACAGGAACAGCCUCCCCAUUGUCACCCAGUCCAUCUCCAGUCAGCUCCGUUGGGUCUCACGGGAGCAGCACAAGUACUACUGGAUCCUCACCCUCAGCAACCAUCAGCAUACCACAACGGAUCCACCACAUGGCUGCCAGCCACGUCAACAUCACCAACAACAUCCUCAGGAGUUACGAGCACUGGGACACUGCUGACAAGUUGGCCAGAGAGAACAAAGAAUUCUUUCACGAGCUGGACACACUGAUGGGAUCAUUAACACAACACAGCACUAUGACCACCCUGGUUCGCUAUACCCGGCAGGGACUCCAUUGGUUGAGGGUCGAAGCUCAUUUAUUGUAGUGACUGUGCUGCGUGCUGCUUGUUUUUUCAUUUAGUUUGCAUUUCCAUCUCUACCUCUGCCAGGAUCACGACUGGCGGAUUCCCUGCCAGUCCCAGGCUCUGGAUUGAGCCACCGGCAAUACAUCUCCUGCUGCGCUUCAGACUCACGGCGGCGUUAUGCGAUUGAGUGAUGCUCCCUCUGCCUGCAGCCACCAGACGACCUGAAGCCAGUAUUUCGGGGAGGGGAAGUCCGGCUGGGAGCGAGGAGUGGCGGAGCAAAGCACCAACAUCAUAUGUUUUUGUGCUUUCACCUGAGUUCAUCGACUUUGCUCGUCUUUGAAAUGACAACGGGUGUUUCACCAUGUUGUACACUGCCUGAAGGCUAAUACAAGGCAAAACAUGUUUAAAAUGGGAAAAAAAAGUGUCUGAUAAAAUAUGAAGGAAGCGACUAGGCUGAGUUACUAAUGGAAACCCCCAACAAGAAUUACACCGAAACAAUUCAUUGUUGCACUUUCUUGUAACUCAGACCAAGUGGGGAACAUGCUGGGCCGUUACAGAAUGCUGAAGUUCAGACUGACCCCUGAGAUCAGAACAGAGUCUGACCCUUACACAGGCAAGUCAUCUGACUCUUUAUACCCUUUUCUGAAGGAAAACACACUCAAGUAGAAAUGGAAAACCGUGCAUUAAACUGAAGUCCUCUCUACUUGCUUUCUGCAGAGUAGGAAUUCACCAUCUUCCAUGUUGUCAGGUAUGCCUUAGAGAUUGGUGAUCACAAGCACUUUUUUUUUGAGAAUAUUUAUUCGGAUAGAAUUCCUAACACCUAGGUGAUGUGUGAAGGAAAAAUUCCACGCUCCUGGCCUUGCCAUUUAUAAGGAAGAGUCCAAAACUUGGGCUGUGUAUAUUUUCGAAGGUGGUUUUUAACCCUUCCAACUGCUAUGAUAAUAUCAUCGGAAAUAUUUGGCUUCUAUUUUCUGUACCUGGAGAUCUUAGCUCCUCUCUUUCAUAUUCUUCUGAUUUUUUUUAAAUUACAUUAUGCAACAUCUUAACCCACACCAAAAUAUGGAACAGAAAACGGCCUCCAACUGUGAUAAUUUGCUAUUUGAACAUUUUUGGAGAACGGAAGGUUUGAAGAACUAAGAUUUCUCCGAGAUGGAUGAAAGGAUUAAAAAAAAACAAACGCCUGAAGUUAUCUUUGCACGAGUACUUAACGUGCUUCAGUGAAAUUCCUCACUGUUUCAUUUUAGUGGGACAUGGCGUUAACCUGUGUCAGAUACAUGAGUUGGCACCUCCCCAUAAAUAGCUGAGGGUGGAAUUUCAGAAAGGAGUGCUGAGUGCUCAUAUGCAGAUAUCUCAUGGCACCUGUCCAGGAUCAAGAUCUGCAACGUUCACUGACUACUCAAAUCUACCAAGGAUCCUCAAUGUCAAAUUAUAUCAAAAUGCAUCUCAACCUAAAAUAACUGAAGCAAGCAGCACAAGAGAUCCUGUUCACUUGAUGAUGAUCUCAACUGAGGUUUAUAUGUAGCCAGAUAGAGAUGAUUAUGGGUGGUUUUUGGUGGAAGCAUUACAUGCAAUAUCAGUUCUUAUCAAUUAAGUGCCAUUUAGUUGUCCUUAAAGCAUUCCUCAGCCUGUCUCUGGUAAAAGGUACAAUUAUCAUGAAUGCAAUGUCCAUCAUAUGUCGAUAAUGGUUGAGCUUCAAAGGAUAAAUGCAAUGCAACAAAAUCUUAAAGAAGAACUCACGUUGGGUAUUUUAAUAGGAUGCAUAUCUGACAAAUGCAGAGAUGGAAAAGAUUAGGAUACGCAAAGCUGUCUGUGCCUUAUUAACUUUUGAAAGCACAGCCAUAUCCAAUAGGAGAUAGAGUUCAUGGGCACAGAAACAGUGGAGUGGGUGGCUGCACACAUGGGUAAGUCACAAAAUUUGAAUACCUUUGAACUGCUUGCAGAGCUCCUUGGAAUUUCCACCCACUGUCCAAUCAGUUGUUCACUUUUAUUUCCAAAUUUUGCACCUGAACGAGGUGAAUUACGUACAUUUUGUUUUGUACAUGAGUGUACUGGGAAGGGGCCUGUGGGUGAGGAACCAAAUGGCAUAAGUGAAUUGAUACCAGGUCAGGGUCAAAACCUAAAUAUAUUAAGUGGGUACAGUGUAAAGAGUUGGCUGCCUCCUAAUGUUAAUUGUAGACUUCUUCUCCAUGAACUUUAUGGAAGAGAUUUAGCAAUUAGAUUAACAAAAUUCAGUGAGGAGGAUGUAUAAUUAAAAAGAAAAGACUUGCAGGUUACAGGGGAGAGCAGGAUAGGUCUUUCCAAGAGCCAGCAAGGGCAUAAUAGAGCAAAUGGAUGCCAUGUGUGAUGCAAGACCCAAUGAAAUAAUGGGUUCUAUGGACCGCUUCAUAUACUCUCUCAACUGACAAGGGUGGGACUGAGUACAGAUAUAUAUUGUCCCUGUCUGUCUUAAUAGAACAUAGUUGCAGGGGGCUAGAUAAAGGAAGAGAAAAUGAGGACUUUGGUGAUUGACCUUUUAAAAUAAGGGCCCAAAAAUAUUUGUUACUGUGUUAGUAUUACCUUUAUUGAAAAGAGAAAAGACUGCCAUAUCCGCCAUCACUAUCUAUUUGACAAUGCAUCCACAGAACGAGACCUCCUGGUACCAAAUUACAAAGGAGAAAGUCUUACUUGCAUACUCCCCCAUUUUCCCAAAGGCAAUCAAGCAAUCCACAGAAACCGUGGUCACCUCACAAUCUAUCACAAGAUGAAUGGGAUGAAAUUAGUGAGUCACAUUAUUAACAACCCCUCCCCCCCAUCCACCAUCCUAAGCAGUCUCCCCCUUCUCUCCCAAUGCACUGUCCACCAUGUACAGUGACCACUCCAGGGUUAGCAGAGUUACUUUGACUGUACUUCCCAAACCCUCAGCCUCUCCUACUGUGAAACACAAAGCAGCAAAGGCAUGGGAACACAACCACAUCCAGCUUUCCCUCCAAGUCAUACCCCAUCCUGGUUCAGAAAUGGACCACCAUUCCUUCAUUGUCACUGGGUCUGAAUCCUGAAACUACCUGCUCAGCAGUACCAGGGAAGCACCUUCACCAGAAGCAAUUCAGUGGCUCAUCGCCACUUCCUCAAAAGCAAGUAAGGAUAGAUAAUUAGUGCUGCUUUUCCCAGUGAUGCCCAUAAUCUGAUAAUUAAAUACGUGGACCUCCACACUUAGUGCUUGGCCUUUGACUAGUGAACAGUCAUGCUUAGCUGUAACUUCUGCGCUGUCUUGAACUCCAGUCCAAGGAUAUCAUCCAAGAAAUCCCAAUGCAAAAGAGGCCACACCAUUUCAUGUGUCCAACUAGACAGAGUGGAUAGCUUUAGAAGCCUCGUCUUACCAUAUUAAUUCAAGAGACGAGGACAACACUGGCCAUUUGAGAGGCAGAAUGAACUCUUUCAUUUAAAAGGCAACUGUUGGGUUUGAAGUUGCAUCUGGUCCAUGUUAGGUAAAAGAAGGAGAUUUCUUUCAUUAAAGGACAUGAGUGAACCAGAUGGGUUUUUACUUCAAUAUGGUAGCCAUUAAGAUACAAAUAUUACAGUGCAAGUACUGAUAGCUACCUUUUCUGAUACUGGAUUUAAAAAAAAAUAAAAUUCACAUUGUUACAUAAUUAAAUGAAUUUAAACCCUCUUGCUGAAUGUUAAAAAUAAGAGUGGGUGGGUGGGAAGGUCAUUCAGCCACUGCUCUGUCAGCCAGUAAGAUCAGGGCCAGUCUGAUCUUGGCCUCAUCUCCACUUUCCUGUCUGCUCCUCUUCACCCUUAUCUCCCCUUUGGUCUCAAAGUUGCACCUCCUUCAGCAUCUUCAAUGACUCCACCUGCUAGAGCAUCCCAAAGAGUCAUGACCCUCUGAGGGAAGAAGUUCUCCAUCUUAAAUGGGCUACCCCGUACUCUGAAACCAUGCCCUCUAGAUCCCCACAGAAGGAAAAACAGCAUCCAUCAUGUCAGUCCCCCUCAGAAUCUUACAUUUCCAUGAGAUCAUCCUUCUCACCUCCAGUCAGUAUCAGCCAUGCAUAAUCUCUCCACAUAAGACAGAGUUGAUCAAGUGAAUCUUAUUUGAACCGCUUCAAGCACAAAUGUAUCCCUGCCGAAGUGAGGAGACUGAAACUGUGCGGUGUUCUGCCGUUGUUGUUUCAUCAAGGCCUUGUGCAGUUACAGCAAGAUGACCCUGCUAUCAUAUUCCAUCUCCUUUACAAUAAAGACUAAUAUUCCAUUUAGAAACAUGGAAAACCUACAGCACAAUUCAGGCCCUUCGGCCCACAAAGCUGUGCCGAAUUUCACUCCCGAGUUACUUGUUGUACCUGCUGCAGUGGGAUUUGCGCUUGUGUCAUUAAGUUAUUAGCCUUGGUAUCCAGACUGAAAGUCCAGCCACAGUGUGAUCAUACCGCCAGUACUUGCAGCGCAACAUACACCUGUUGGCCAAUGCACAGUGUGGGAGAUGUAGGUUGUGCCCACAGGUGAUAUAUCUUCACAAUCCCUUUGCUUCCCUCUUGUACACCUUCUAUCCAACCUUCUUUUAAAUUCAUCACACAAACCGGCUUCAAUGUAUUUCAACAAUCUGUCAAAGCAAAGCCAGUUAACAUUUGUAUGUGAUGAAGGUAAUCUGCUUCUUCAUGAGGGGGCUACAUGAAGUACAGUUUGACUCCCUGAAAUAAUUCACAUAUGCCACGAACUGAAGGAGCAAUGAUCAGAAGUGGAUAACCGCAUUGGGAGAUCCAUAUAAGGUCAGAAUCUGAAUUAGGAACCAUUUCUUCCUCAUACCGCCAAUGCUUGCACUGUGACGUACAUAUCUUUGACCUAUGUGGGAGAUAUAGACAUUGGUGUAGGUCCUGCCCACAGAUGCAGAAGCACUACCACUCUUGCCUUCCACAAUGAAACCUAGUGAGACAGUGCCGAAAUUCAGUAUUCUUUCAGAUCCUGAGCCCCACCCCAAACACCACAUCCAAUCCAACGUCCACACUGCUUACUUUCCUCUCCAGUGUUUGGCUUCUCCCCAUCACUGCAAUACCAUCCCUCACACCCACCCAAGAGCACCGUGGAGCACCUUCAGUGGAGAGAGUGCAGCAGUUCCAGAAGGCAGCUCGUCCCCAUCUUUUCCAGGGCAAUAAGAAUGGGCAGUGAACGCUGUCCUUGCCUGAAACACCCCUAUCUCAAUAACCAAAUAAAUCUACCUUUAGUUUUACCCUUUCUAUAUUCAACUGGGGACAAAGCAUUCAGUAACAUUGACCUGCCACACUCUCUACCACAAUUUUUUUAAUCCAUUCUGACUUUCAAAAAACCUCCUUAAAACUUACUGCCUUGAUAAAAAGCUCAUCCUUGCUCUUAAUGUCCCAUCAAAUGUUGUUUGGAUCUGGUCCAAGGCAUUGAAUUCCCUGGCGAUGUUCUGCAAUAUUAAUGGCAUUAUAUAGAUGCAAGGUGCUUAACCGCAUUGAAAGCUUAUAUAAAAUCACCACUGUAAUCAAUCCAACAAAAUACGUGCACAGAAGUAAAUUCAUAGAUUUUAAUUCCAUGUUUAUCGUGUAUGGAUAUAAUAAUAAAUACAAAUUUCUAUGUGCCAACAUUGCUUUGGGAGAGUAAUUCUGCCUUGAAAGUCCCUGUGAAAAAAAUUCCCCAGAGAGCUAAUUGUGGAUCUGUUCAUCACCCAAGAUAGUCAUUCCGGAAUUGUUGCACAGCAGAGUAAUCAAAGCAAUUUGCAUUUAUAUAGUGCUUUUACAGAAGUAAAUCACCCGAGGCUCUCCACAGCAGACAUAGGCUGACACCAAAACACAUAAGGAGUUAUUAGAACAGGUGAUCAUAACCUGGGCUGGGUUUCUAGGAGAGGUUUAAAGGAAGAUAAGUGGAGGCAAUGAGGGGGUCAAUUUGAGUAGCGGAGCCCAGUUACUGAAGGCAACAUUGCCACUGGUGGAGUGAUUAAACUUGAGGAAAUGCAAGGGGCAAGAAUAAAUGAAUGCAUGACCAUCAGAGAGUUGGAAAAAGGUACAUUGGUGAAUGGGUGCUAGGUAACGGAUGGAUUUUGAACAAAACUAUAAGAAUUUUACAGUUGAGCCACUGGUGGGUUGUGAAUUGGUGCAGGGUGAACAUGCCGUUAAAAAUCUUCCCAGGCACCCAAGUGAAAAUAAAGAAUACACUUGGUUUCUCUUUCACUGGUGAGAUGUUUAAUCUUUCCCGUUUCUAAGAAAUAAGAGCAAGAUUAAAGUUGCUUGACAUUGUUACAGCUGCCAUUAUAUUUGGAAGAUAUGAUUAGACAUCUUGGUCAGAGAAAAGUUGCAGGUCAUGCUUUGUAUUGUGAAUGUGGCUACAAUGGGCCUGAUUUAUGUUGAUCACCUUUUGCUUUACAUUGGUUUUGAGUUUUAAAACCAAAAUAAAGGACCCACAAGCAUAAAUUAGAGUUCAAAAAUAAUCUUCUAAAAGAGAGAUUAAAAUUUGUGGAUUUAUUUAUAUUAAAAAUAGCAUCUUAUUUUUUCAAAGUAUCAUAAAUUGGAUAACUAUAUCAUACAAAUUUGACUAAUAGGAACAUCAGAAGCAACAGGUGCCUAAUAUUGUGAUCAACCUGCAAUAAUUUGCAGUUGCCAGAAUUGUACAUUAAAGAGUAAACGCAAAAUGCAUUCUCUUUGGAUGGAUUACAGAGGAAGUGAAAAUGAAUAAAGCACAGGGUAAUUAUACUUAGCAUGACAAUUAUAGUUUAGAUAUUUAAUGACAGCCCAAAAGGGAAAUGCUUUCCAGUAAGGAAGCAAUAGGGUAAUUUUUUCAAUAAAAAAAGGUAAUCUGAUUUUCACCUCUGUCUGCAGCGCAGUUUGAAAGAGCUUUUCCAAUAAAAAGCCAAGCCUAUUGUAAGUGUCUGUUGCAGAGUAAACGCUAGUGUAGUCAUUUCCUUCUUAGGCAGUCCGUCAAGUUCAAGGAUAACUUGCUUCUGAAUGACUUGUGGUUCUGUGGGAUCAGAGGUGGCUGCUGAGGCUCAUGUGGUAUCCACCAACUCUGCCACAGGAGGGGCAAGUUAGACUGGUUGGGGCAGGCAGGUAGGUAAUUGGUGGAGCACUCCUACUAGGCUUCUACAUGCUUCUGAUGAAGGGACUAGAGGUUCUUGGUGCCUUCAUUUUGAUUGGUCAGGAGCAAGGGGUUCCUACAAGUCAGUGAGGGUCUUUCAUUUUUUUAAGGAAGGUCAUCCUUCAAGCUUUCUUUCGAAUCUUCUGGAAAUCUCUGAGCAGUUUGGAGCAAAGUGCCUGUUUCCAGCACUCAAAUGUUGGGUUGUGGGGGCAAGAUGCCUCACUCUUGAAAACCGGUUGAGUGUAAAUAGAGCCUCAAUACUGAGGAUGUUACAGUUCGGUCUGGCUCAGAGCAGGAGAUAAUUGGGUACUGAGAACUCCGAGAAUGUCUCCAUGAGAUUCCCACCAACACCUCAUGCAUUCACUGCCACCAAUGAUGAGAAUUACAAUUCACUAUAAACAGAAACAAAAAUGCUUUCUAAAGCUUGUUGAGAAAACUUUGUCCCAUGGAAUGUAGAAUUUCUUAGCCAAAUGUGCGCAAGUUCUUCAGAGAUUUUGUCCCAUUACAGGCUUUGCAUCAGAGUCAAGGGCAAUGGUCAUCAUUAUUAUUCCCACAUUGCAGGCGAUUAUUUAAAACAAAAUAUGGCACAAGUCAAUCUUAUAGGAAUAAAAACCAUUUCCAUUCAUGUUGAUGUUUGAGGUACAUUGAGUCAUGACUUAUUCUUACAUUUUUAAACCAGACUAAAGAUGUUUUAUAUAAUAAAACUCCAAUUUGGAAACUUAUUUAUUAGAGAAAUGAAGCAGUAUGUUGGCUAAGCAGAUAAUUUUUGACAGUAAGCCAUGUUUUGUCAGAUUUUGAUUAUGUUUGACAAGUGUGUGAAUUACUGAGUCUAUUAGUCAUGCCAUUGUUAAAUUAUUCCUCUUCUGCAUGGGUGCAGUCUCUUCACAUCAAGCACCUACUCAAGACAUUGUAAAUACCACCCUACUCUUUCCAAGUUUUUAUUUUCCUAAUCAAAACUCCAUUCUUGGAAAAAAAUACGCACACCUACUGAUUUGUUACUGCCAAAUGUUGACAAAUCCACUGCCUGUUCAAAGAAAUGUUUUCAAAGACAUCUCUCAACGCGCCCGAUUCUCCCUCUCUCUCUCCCUCUGCACCACCAUGUCUCUCAGAAAAUGUCUCACUGCCUAUCUGUUUGCCUUCCAUUGCAAAUUGGUUGGAGCCUUCCAUUGGGUUUCUGCCAUCAUGCCAUUGAUUGAAGGAGGGAUGGAUGUGGUGAGCAGGUGUAGGUCGAGGGGAAGAACACAUCCACUGUAAAGAUUAAGGGAAACAUGUUCAACCCCAACAUCACAAGUAGACUUUGUUUGACAGGCAUGCUCUUAUCUAUCCUUGUAAAAAAAUAAUAAUUUUUUGGUAAGUUAUGAAUUUUUUGUACAGAGAGCUAAAAUGUAAUUAUGUUAAGCUAUUGAUUAAUCUCUGUAAAGCUGUGGGAGGUUGAUUUCUUUGGCUUAAAUAUGAAAUAUUAUCUGCCUGUUUCGCUUUGUAUUUCAGCUGCGUUGCACAGUUAAUGCAUUUUUGUCACUUGUGUGUUCAUUUGGAAACAUUAAUACUAAAUGUACAAACAUUAAACUGUUAUUGGUAUUUUUUGUUCUUUUUAAAUGUAAUGUCUCGGUAUAAAUAAUAAUUGUAUGAACUGGUAUGGUUGCUUCUCUCAAAGAGGGCUUAAUUAUAUUACCAGUGUGUUGAAUAAUA